AUGGCCCUCGCCGUCGUCACCUCAGCAAGAAAACUCCGACCUUACUUCCAGUCACACACUAUCGAAGUACUCUCCAACCAGCCCCUUCGAACGGUAAUGCAAAAUACUAAUCAAUCAGGGAGGCUAACAAAAUUGGCAGCGGAACUAAGCGAGCACGACAUCGUGUACAAGAAUAUAACAGCAGCUAAGUCGCAAGUUCUUGCUGACUUCUUGAUCGAGCUAACACCGGAGUUAGAACAUGAUCUCGUGCUACCAAGUCUGAAGUGGAUAUUGCACGUAGAUGGAUCAUCCACGAACAAAGGUUCGGGGGCAGGCGUACAGCUCCAAUCCCCGAUAGGCGAACUAAUCCGGCAAUCGUUCAGUUUUGGCUUUGCGGCAUCCAACAACGAAGCCGAGUAUGCUAAACGAAUCAGCGCAUAUUGCGACUCCCAACUCGUAGCGAGUCAGUUUCUUGGAGAAUAUGACGUCAGAAAUGAGAGGAUAGAUGCCUACUUAACACUUGUCAAAGAUCUUACACGACAUUUCGAGUUAUUCGAGCUCACAAAAGUUCCCCGCGGAGAGAACGUAUGCGCGGACGCCCUCGCAGCCCUCGGAAGUAAGCUACACGACCAGGUAAAAAGGAUAAUCCCGAUACACAGGAUCGAGACGCCAAGCAUCAGCCCAGCGAUAGAGCCGCUUGCCAUUGCAGCAUCUAUCACCGACGCCAUGGAUAUUGAUGAAGGGGAAUCUCGCGCAACGGAAGAACAGCUCAACGAUUGGCAAACGGAAUUCAUCGAAUACCUAUCCAAUGGCGUAUUACCCACAGAAAAAUGGGAAGCACGACGACUCAAACGGCGCAGUGCGUAUUACGUCGUCAUGGAUGGCGCACUUCAUCGAUGGACUGCAACAAAGGUACUCCUUAAAUGCAUUUCCGGAGACGAAACGAGACUAGUCAUGGCCGAAACACAUGAGGGGGCAGCAGGAAAUCAUUCGGGGGGACGAGCUCUCGCAUUAAAAGUGAAAAGCCUCGGUUUCUACUGGCCAAUUAUGAAUGCAGAUUGCGAGUCCUAUGCCAAGAAAUGUGACAAGUGCCAGCGACACGCUUCAACCAUCCACAGUCCGACGGAGUUACUCCAUACCUUAAUGGCGCCAUACCCCUUCAUGCGGUGGGGAAUGGAUAUCAUUGGACCAAUGCCGAGCUCUCGACAGAAAAGAAUCAUCCUGGUCUUAACAGAUUACUUCACCAAAUGGGUGGAAGCAGAAGCCUACGCCAGCAUCACCGACAAGGAAGUGCAGAAGUUUGAUUGGAAGAACAUCAUCUGCAGACACGGGCUCCCGUAUGAAAUAGUUACCGACAAACUGAUCCCAGUUUAUCUCCCAUCACUUCAAGGAAUUCUGCGACAGAUGGACGAUUCGACUCAAUAUGUCCACACCGAGAAACCCGCAAAGCAACGGUCAGGCCGAGUCCACAAACAAAACAAUCAUCGACGGACUUUAGAAACGACUCGACUUGAAGAAGGGAUGUUGGGCCGAAGAACUAGAUGGAGUCCUCUGGUCCCAUAG